AUGUCUAGCUCGUUGUACAGUAUACUGCAACGCAGCCAUCUGAUCGAGAGGGGUUGGCGAGGCAAGGCUCCGUCCGUCCCAACAGAGCUGGAUGCCACUAGGAAAUUCGUGAUAACCGCCCUCCACAUUGGAAGCUUCUCAGUGACUGAUUGUAACACUGAUUGCAUACUUUGGGCCACUGCUCAUGUAGACGAUUACACUCAGUGCGAAUAUGAUCACAGCUAUAUCAUCUUCAAUCGCCACGACAACAGCAAGGAAGCAUGGCGCUACGCCCGCGACUUCCGGGACCCUGAGACGCCAGAGGACUUCAAACCUGACGAAUCCAUGAUUAAAGUGUCGCAGGAAGCCGCUCAGCGUUUUACCUCCCCAACACAUGGUGAUCCUUUCAGACCAUGGACCCUCCUCCAGAUGCCCGAGUUUACCCGUGCGUUCCGCUUGUUGUACCCAACGCUGCUUUCGGCUGACGCAAAUAACACUUAUUUGACACUAGGGCGCCUCAACUAUGUUGAAGUCAAUAACCAAUACACUUUCUUCUGCGGGACCAUUGAGCUACGCGUUUUUGCAAGGGGCGGUGGGGCCUUGGUCUAUUGCUUGGGCAUGAACGAUUUGCCGUGCACCUACUGGGACGUGCUUCCAGAUAGCAACGAUGUCCCUUGCCCUUCUUUGCUCUUCCAGCCCCAACUACCUCACGAAGCAUAUCACGUCUCUUCCACAUGUCAGAGCAACUUCAUUGCUGCCCAUGUAUCUUCCUCGGGCAAGGACAUGGGAAUACUCACCGCAUCAGGGAUCUUCAUCUGGAUGCCCAGCUUCAAAUACGUCAUCCAUUGCGAGGCCGCUCUCAACGACACAGCAACCCUCCUCAACUUCAAUCCCUCCCUCGACAACGUCCGAGACAUCUCGUCUUCCUCCCACACGGGCUUUUCAGCGCUAAAUCCAUCGCAGCGCGAGGGUCUAUUUAUCGUGUCCCUAGACACCGAAAUCAGCAAGCUCACUGCGGAGACCCCGCCUCGCCCUGGCCUAUCUGUCUGCCGUGUCACGAAAUACGACCACAGCCGACACCUAUCCUUCAUCUCAUGUCUGCAGAUGACGCACACUGGGCUCUUUUUCAACUGGUACCCGUCUUCAGAGCAAAACAGGCCUUCUCAGCCUGCACGGCGCAAGGUCAUGAUCCCGCCUCAGCCUCAGCAGGCAAAUCAGAUCCGUGUGCCUGUUCAGCUUGUGCCAGCUCAAGGCGUGGAAGGCAGAGACACUUUUUGCCCGGGCUGGGGCCUAUUGAAGCAAGCUGGCCCGCCCUCGCUGGUUGAAACGCACGAAGAGGACGAGGACGAGGGGAACGAUUGGGAGGGAGGGGAUCUCGUAGUGGACGAAGAUGUUGAUGAUUUUGAGAUGGAGGAUGUGGAGGAUGAGAUGAUUGAUGAUUUUCAGUUCGGUGGUGAUGCAUGGUGCAUUGCAUACAUGUUCGACACAAUGACCGGCAACGCGAAUACCACAUCUCAGAUAUGUGCUGGCGGGAUCUUCGAUAUCGGCAUUGGCAGCACUCCUGCUUGGAUUGAUGGUAACACCCUGAAGAAUGUGUACUCCGUCUUCCAUGCUAGUCCCACUGCCGUUGGCUUUACCCAACUUGCCAGUGGCUUGAGCUCUUCAACUGGACUUUCCGACUCAAACUCGGUGCAGGUGACUGGCUUGACACCCCUGCCUACUAGUACACGCGUGAGCCUCGAGUGGGAACGGAAACACGACGAGCGGCAGCACAAGCUCUGUAUCUGCUUCUUCCAACAAGAACAUCGCCCUAUCGCUUACUCUUCUCGCCUCUGUGACAGGCUGCUUCACCCUCUUCCUCUAAGCAGAGGCAAUGUCUUGUACGAUGUAUAGAUCAUUCUUCUGUUUCUUUUGGUGGACCAAUAUUGCAGGAAGGCAACUGUGUAUAGAUCAUUCAUCAGUUUCUUCUUCUGAUGCACAGUACGCACAUUUUAUGACGUCAUUAUUCUCUACACGAUGAUUUACGCCUUGACUCGACGCUUCGCAAUCUCUCAAUUCGAUUUUCUGCUUUACAAAACACUGUAGAUUGAGAACGAACGACUUCAUUCGUCUAUGGUCUGUUCACCCCGCCAGGGCCGAGCUCUUGGAUUUCGAUGCUGCAUGUCGGCUGGCAGUACAUUUAAGAACUGUAAAGCACUGGCAGCGAGUUUCUUCGUUACAUGAUCGAUGAGCCGCUGGCAGGUACAUAUCCAACC